UGUGUCAGGGCGGCUCUCCGCGAUACGGCGCGCCCCGUGAGAUCGGCCACUACUCUGUACUAGUAGACGGUGAAGACUUCGAGUUUGUGGAUGGAGACGUUGCAAAGAGGUACCUACGAGCGCGGAUACCGUUUCGUCCCAUGUGGAACCUGAAUAACGGAUACGCGAAAGCAGUGCGCGCCAACUGGAUUAGCUUGACGCCGGCAGAAUGUCUACUCCGCUGGAUUGUUCAGAACAAAGAUAAAGUGGUGACGCGUUCGACCAACGAACUGCAAUCGCAGAGUGUACGCACGGAUUUCGUCUGCCACCGGUUGUGCUUGUCUACCCUUAUGUGCACACCGUACAAGGAGACAACAGCCUGGCGGAUAGUGGCCUCCCGACACCGAGGCGUCGUCUACCUCCACUACUGUCCGACUAAGGAGGAAGUGCACGAAUAUCUCAGAGAGAAAGGCAAAUUCUCUCUGGAUCGUAUGACGUACUGGGGCGUCAACUUUCAGCGCAUUAUGAGCACAACUGAGCCAGGGGUGGCAACCAAGGAAGGCGAACUGGUCAGGGAAGGGGACGCGUACAACACUGUCCUUCGCGGCCACAUUGGCUCGCACACGUUUGUGAUAUCUGCAGAAGUGAAAGCUGUGGACCCUUCUAUUCAGUGCGAGGCGGGUUCCACGGGAAGCUACGUGGAGUUCAAGACUAACCGCGUGUUCUCCACGGAAGGGCAGCGCUCGAAAUUCACCAAGCACAAGCUGCUCAACUGGUGGGCCCAGUCGCGUCUGGCAGGCGUCCCGAAGGGACUAUGUGGUUUCCGUGACGACAACGGCAUUGUGAUGCGCGUGCAGGAGUUUGAUGUGAACAGAAUGCCGGACAAGGCCAAGGGUCUAUGGUCAGAAGAUGUGUGCAUGCGGUUCCUGAACAACGUGCUUGCCUUCAUCAAACAGCACGUUCAAGGGGACGAUGGGAGGCCGGUGUACCUCUUGAAGUACGAGCCGUCAAACCGUGAAAUCACCUGCAAGCGCCUAGCGGAUCCUGGGAAGCUGUACAGCUUACCAUAUUGGUUCCUGGCGGGCAUUGAGGACUGACGAAGUUCUCGCUUCGGCUGCGCACGUUUUCCCUGCACAAGCUGUUAUUCCUUUGCCUGUGGCGUACAGACAGCCAGCUUCCAAAACAUAGAAAAGAGCAGUGCUGUGUAUUUACUGGAUAUGGUCUAGUUGUAGAUACAGCUGCUCCAAAAGCGGUGCUUGGA